AAGAACGGUGGUUCAGUGAAGAUGGCUGCCAAGAAUUUUGCUUCCCGCCUUCGAAAGUCCCCACAUUUUUUGGGUGGCUUCGUGGCCGGAGCCGUAGUGGGCGCCACAGGGGCUGGACUCACGGCUCUGCAGUUCUUCCGGAGUCAGAGCGCUAAGGCGGCAUUGGCGGUGAGGGAGCCGGACGGAUCUGCAGAAAAGGCUCUCUUGGAACAAUAUGGAUUCCCUUUAACUGGAACAGCAACUAGGUGUUACACUAAUCAUGCUCUGUCUUAUGAUCAGGCAAAGCGGGUGCCUACGUGGGUUCUUGAACAUAUAUCCAAAAGCAAGAUAAUGGGUGAUGCAGACAGAAGACAUUGUAAAUUCAAGCCUGAUCCCAACAUCCCUCCAACCUUCAGUGCCUUCAAUGAGGACUAUGUUGGAAGUGGGUGGUCACGAGGACAUAUGGCUCCUGCAGGAAAUAACAAAUUUUCAACUAAAGCCAUGGCUGAAACAUUUUAUCUUUCUAAUAUUGUGCCUCAGAAUUUUGAUAAUAAUUCUGGAUAUUGGAACAGAAUAGAAAUGUACUGUCGAGAACUGACAGAGAGGUUUGAAGAUGUUUGGAUAGUAUCUGGACCUUUGACCUUACCUCAGACUGGAGAUGAUGGAAAGAAAACAGUUAGUUAUCAGGUCAUUGGCGAGGACAACGUGGCAGUCCCAUCACACCUUUAUAAGGUGAUCCUGGCACGCAGAAGCCCGGUAUCUACUGAACCACUGGCGCUAGGUGCCUUCGUGGUGCCCAAUAAGGCCAUUGGCUUCCAACCCCAGUUAACUGAAUUCCAAGUCAGCCUCCGGGAGUUAGAGAAGUUAUCAGGACUGGUGUUUUUCCCUCUUUUGGAUAGAACUAAAGAUAUCAGGAAUAUCUGUGCUGUGGAUACCUGUAAGCUCCUGAGUUUCCAGGAGUUUACUCUGUACCUGAGCACAAGAAAGAUUGCGGGAACCCGGUCUGUGCUAAGACUUGAAAUGAUCAUGGAAAACUUGAAGAAAGCAGGGAUUGAACCAGAUGAUUACUUCAUCAGUCUCUAUGAGAAGAAACUAGAGGAACUCAAAGCUGCGGAGCAGUCAGGAGCCCAGGAGAAAAAGCCACCCUAGUGUUUAUCUUAGAAAAUGUGUGAUAUCAUCUGUAAUGAAGCAGCCACACCCUCUUCAGGUUAAUAUAUUUUAGUGGCUUUGCUUUAAAUAAAUGAUGGAAUCCUAAAUUUAAGACUAAAUUUCCCCCCAAAAGAUGAAAGUCUGCAGUUUUGGGGGCAGUUUUUUAUUUGACUUGGGAACUAAUUAUUAAGGAAGCUGCUCCACCUGUAGAUCCGGGACUGAUCUUCUGUGUCAAGUUAACAUUAGGACCAAAUGCACAAGAUGACACGGUGUUUGUGUCCCUUUGCUUGUAUAGUAUGUGAAGGCAUUAUUUAUUUUUAUGCCUCCAAAUCAUGCAUUCUCUCUUAAUGAUUCUGCUCAGCCUUCUUGGAAACCAGUAUUGUAUAUUUUCUUUCCCUUAAGAUGUGAGUUGGUCUUGGAGAUGGCUUUUAGACAUCCUCUAUGUAUUACCUUGUCCAUACGUACUGUAUUUGUUUCUUGUUUCUCCUCUCAUGGACCUGCCGUUCCUCUACUUCUGUCUAUGUAGAAGCACUCAACAGCUACGUUUUCUGCUCACCUAGCGUGUUCUGUAUACUAAAUUCACUGCUUUACAUGUUUUAUCUCACAACAACCUUAUAAAGUAAAUACCACCAUCCCCGUUUUACCUGUGAGGAAAUUGAGGCUUAGAGAGCUCAAGUAACUUGCCCAAAGUUCACCUUUCCAAAGAAGUCACACAGCAAGUAUGAGGCACACAGGGCUAAGAGAAGAAAAGACAGCAUAAGGUAGAUUCAAAUCUGUUUCCUGAGAUGGAGACUUUUGACUCAGAAAUACAUGCCUGUUUCCAUGGGUACCUUUGAUCCUGGGGCCUACUUAGUAAGAAGGACCUGGUUUCUUGGCUGCCAGGAGAGCCAAAGGCACUUUAAUGGCCUCUGACAUGAAACCUCUUUAGCUUUUUGGGAAGAAAUAAUCACAGAGCCAAGUAUUUAAAGUGAGAGGAAUUGCUUUGUGAGGUUUGUCAGAACCCCUACUUGCUUCCAGGUAUGCAUUUUUUAUAAGUGACUAUAUGGUGCCAAACUGAUGUGUUCCUUGUUUUCCAAAUGAACUUUUUGUUCCCAAGAAGGGUCUGUGCCCACAGAGUCACCAGCUCAAGAUUUGCUUGUCUUUGUGCCUCCUCUUGCAUUCCUGGGUAGCAUAGAGUAGGUGGUACUUCAGGCCAAAGACAGUUAUCAUUUCUGGGGGAAACAGUGGCUGCUUCUCUGAGCCACAUCUCUAGAUUUUGGAUUAUACAGAAUCCCUUCAUGGGGGAUCAUAAGUAUAGGCAGUGAAACGUCUUGGGGGCAUAGAAACUUGUCUAAAUGUGUCUUACCACUGUGCUGUCUUUCAAAACAAGUGAUAUUACAGGAACAAUUUUUGUGGUGUUUUUGUGUUUGUUUCUAACAGAAAUGCCAAGGCUUUAAGAUAAAAAUAUGAUGAUGAC